GACACAUCCCACACGUGUGACCGUGGCACCCGAAGCAGCGCUUCCCACUACUGGGUUGAUUUUGCCAGAAUCCCAAAACUCAAAUCUCUCCUCCUUCAAGCGACCGGAAUUGCCAUUCUUUCUCCGUUAAUCGUCGGUGUUUCUUAGGGUUUUCUGUGCUUCUUUUUUCUCUCUUCUCCUCUCAAUGUUCUGUUCUGUGGCGAAAUUUUCUUCAAUGUCGUUUGUUUCGUCAAGAUAUUGCUCAAAUCCCUAUUGACUGGAACCUGUUCAUGCGGUUUGAUUAUGGAGACCGAGUCUCGGCAGGAGAUGGUGACCGCCAGGCGGCCUUGCUUCUAUAUCUUCUAUUCCUCCUCUCUCUGUUCAGAACGACUGAAACUUCCGUUGAAAUUUGUUAGACACUUGGAAGAAAUAAUAGCCCGAUCAGUUGUGCUAAUUGGUCCUAGCGGCCAAACGUGGCUCGUUGACUUGAUCCAGCAGAACGAUAACUUGUUCUUCUGUGACGGAUGGCCAACCUUUGCACGAGAUCAUGCCCUAGAAUGUGGUGAUUUUUUGGUUUUUAGACAUGAUGGCGACUUGCAUUUCACUGUGCAAGUCUUUGAUCAAAGUGCUUGUGAGAAAGAGGGUGCAUUUUAUUCUGAAUGCAGUCAAGAUAACACAGGCCAUAAAAGAGAUAGGGAGGAGGACCAUACACCCUCAGAUAAAUGUGCGGAAGCUGUGGCAAAGAAAAUGAGGAGCAUUUUUGAUGUUCAUUCAGAGUGCAGGGAGAACCUAGCAGUCAUGAAAACUGUUGAGGUCCAUAAAAAUGGAGCUGGCCAGAACGGGAUCAGUAAAGUUGAUGAUGUGACUACGCAAGAUAAAAUUUUGGCCUUGUCAUUAUCAUCUCAGGAUGAGAAAAAAGUUUCUCAGUCAUUUACCUCCAAUUAUCCAUAUUUUGUGAGA